AUGAUGUACAUCCCGUGGCUUUCCCAGGCCCUCACCCUGGCUUCACUUGCGACAUCAACUUUCGCCUUCCACCUUCCAGAAUUCACUCCCCAUAAAACCAACACCCAAACGCCCUCCGUUCAAACCGUCUUCCAAUUCCCCGAAAAUGGCUCCUUCAUCGACAACAUCGUUGUUCGCUGCGACGGCACGCUGCUGCUUACUCGUAUCGAUGUCCCUGAGGUCUGGUCCGUCGACCCAACCACCAACACCGGAUCGCUAGUCUACUCCUUCGCAACAGACAACCCCGAAAUAACAGCCUGCUUCGGCAUCACCGAGAUCAACAACGACGUCUUCGCCGUCGUGGCUGGUACAUUUGACCUCAAGACCUUCUCGGCAGAACCGGGCAGCUACAGCGUUUGGGAACUCGACUUCAACGCCGACAACAACUACGAUCUGCUUGAGGUGACGCCAGAUAUGUGGCGCGACGGGAAACUCGAUCUCAACACCAACGUCCCCACUUCCGUUCAGAAGAUAGUGGGAAUUCCCGAGGCAAAAGCGCUCGGCGCGUCGACGCUCUACAAAACCCGCGAGAACCGAUACCUGCUUAUCUCCGACAGCCCCGAGGGCAAGAUAUGGCGUCUUGAUCUGGACUCGCUCGAGUACGAGGUCGUGCUGGAGGAUGAAUCAAUGCUCCCCGCGCCCAAGGCUCCGCCUAUGGGCCUGAACGGCAUCCAUGUUCACGACGGAUAUGUGUACUAUGUCAGUGUGACGCGGAAGGAGUACCGCCGGGUACGAAUCGACGAACAUGCACAUGCAAUUGGUGAGUAUGAGCUGCUGACAACGGCGAUCACGCCGGAUAAUUUCGAUAUCGCAGCGGACGGGACUGCAUACUUUGCGACGAAUCCGGAGAAUCGCAUUGUCAAGUUUACUCCGGAGGGAGAGGUGGUAGAGGUUGCUGGCGGGGUCAACUCGACGGUCAUUCCUGGUCCGACGUGCUGUGCGUUGGAUAGAUAUGGGAGGACGCUGUAUGUCGGCACUAACGGGGGCUUGAUGGCUCCAGUGGGUGGAUCGUUUAAGGAGCCGGGGAAGGUGGCUGCUGUUCGGAUCUGA